CAAGUCUGCUCGAAUAGUAAUUUUGGCGAAUAUCCAAAAUGAAUUGAUCAACUAAAAAACAAGUAAAUUGGCCGUCGUUUAGUUGCCGGAAAAAAAACUACGUUCAAACUCAUCAACAAUACCUUAAGUAAAAAUUGUGCUUGGGAAUUUGAAUUUUUCUAUUUUCUAUAAAAAUGAUGAGUGCCUUGUACUUCGUAUACUGCGUCGUUAUUUUUUAUAAUAAGGUAGCAUUAUCGAAUGGUAAACCGUUGAUGGGGUAUAACGUGGAACGAGCUCCAGCUCACCAGUUCGAUUUCGUAGUCUCAAUCAGUACAAAGUUUCCUCGAGGUUUAUAUCAAGAAGACAAUCACGUUUGUGGAGGAGCACUAAUAACUACAAUACAUGUUCUAACAUCAGCACACUGCAAAUGUGCAGCAUCUGGUCAACUUAAGGAUUACAGUGUAAAAGUAGGACAUGAUUUAAGAUAUCCGGAAGCUAAUUACAGUAUUGCGUCCUGGAAAAACUUAAAAAGGUGUUGUUGCCCUUUGUUUAAACGAGAAAAUGCAUGCAAUGACAUAGCUGUAGUUAAGCUAACAGAAGACAUAUAUUCGAAAAUAUCUAGAGAAAUAGUAUUACCGGUACUAAACUAUUCACCAAUCGAUCAACUAUACAACAGAAAUGUCUCCAAUGUUGGCUGGGGCAAACAAAAUCAUUUAUUAUAUUCACGAUUCAUGCAGAAGGUAACGAUGAGAACAAUAACUAGAGAAGAGUGCCAGAGGAAUAUUGACGACGUGCCGAGAGCCACGGGAUUACAAAUACAGAUAUCAUAUAUUGUUGACGACGAUGUUUUUUGUAGUAAUGCCAACCCAGUGCCCGGAAGGGUGCCUUACGUAACACUCGGGGAUGGUGACAGCGGUAGUCCUGUUAUAAUUGAGAACAAUGAGAUAAUUGGUAUUAAUAGAGGUAGUGUUCCAGAUUUGGGCCCUGAUUAUUAUGCAUACGAGCAAGUACUGCACAUCGCUCUAUCGCCUCAUCAGACAUUCAUAGAAAAUGAAUUAACAGAGAGAGGAUGCAUAGGAUGUUUCGGAUAAACGUUAAUUUUUAUACGUAUUAAAGAAACGUUAAAAGUGUAUAUUGCUAUAAAUAAACUGGAGUACUUCCAAAGAUACUUAAUGUUCUUAGAAGUGGAAUUUUUAUCAACAAGUGCAGAACAAUCAAGAAAUGUAAAUAAUUGGUUUAAAUAAUAUAGAUUAUUUUGCACGUAAUGUUACAACGACCUGUAGUUCCCUUUUUCAAAAAGUGGCUGAAUGUUGUAAAGCACUUAGUGCACGCCCAGUAGGUUAACGUUUUUUUUUAUUAUUUACGUUUAUAAUUUUAAAUGAAGAUAGGUUGUAUUUAGUACUACAUACGAACAACUAUACGAAGAUCUUUAAAAAAGAUUCGAGGCGACCACAGCUCGAUAAAAAAUUAUAUUAAUGCAAAAUCUCUUUUUAUCUCUUCCUCAUAUUUAUAUACACAACUAAUGCGUAACAGGAAUUAAAAUUGUUUCCUUAGAUAUAUUAAUGCAGUAUUCCUACGCCCGAACUAAUAAUCUGUUAUGCAUAUCAUUUAGUAGUACAUUGAACAAUGUGUCGCUGCGGUUCGAUAUCCUUCACGAUUACUCUUGCUGGGAUACAAGUCUGCUCGAAUAGUAAUUUUGGCGAAUAUCCAAAAUGAAUUGAUCAACUAAAAAACAAGGUAUCAUAUUUCUUGCGUGCAUUUCCUAAGGCGAUGAUAGAGGCGGUGUGUUAAAAUUAAAAUUAAAGCUAAUUAAGCUGUUAAAAAUUAAAGUUAACAGCAAAAACAACGACAGAGUCGUUACAAGCGAGAUCAUGGAGUAUAUCUUCGACAAUGCAUGCAACGAAACUCUCCGCUCCGUCGUAAUUGCAAUAUUUACAGAAAGACGUCGACGUGACGAUCCGUAUGUGCCGGUCAUUAUUGCGUCGUAAUGCCAUUGCCGGUGAAAAUAUCGGUCUCGAUAAAAGUGUCCCCAACGUCUGGAUGAUUUUUUCAAUUGAGAAACGAAACAUUGAUGCAACAUGCCUAAAGUUGUCAAAGUUAAAGGUAUGCAAUAGAAGAGCUCGGAAGAUUUCUACGAGCGCUGAUUUUUCAGUUUUCCUAUCGUUUCCAAUGUUACGCGACAGUGUCGUUGCUUUUGAGAGCUCGCACAGUAAUUUUAUCGCCAUCUUGGGCUGAUUCCACGAGUAAUCUUUGUGCCGCUUAACCGGGCGGAUGACAAUGACUUUUUCGGCAUGCCGAUAGCAAG